AUGGUUUUAUCCGACCCGCUCACGCUAGCAGGCCUCGGUCUCGCUGCCGUGGUGGUCGCUCAUAUUGGCGCAUACCUACUUGACCCGCAUAAUAUCCGUGAUAUUCCUGGCCCGACUCUUGCAAAGUUCAGCGAUGCCUGGCUGGGAUGGGUCGCAGCGAAGGGCCAUCGGUCGGAGGUCGUGCACGAGAUGCACGCCCAGUAUGGUCCUGUUGUCCGGAUCGCGCCGAACCAUGUUUCUAUUGCAGAACCUCAGGCAUUGCAGAUCGUCUACGCUCACGGCAAUGGAUCGCUGAAGUCCAACUUCUACGAUGCAUUCGUGUCUAUUCAACGAGGGCUAUUCAACACCCGAAAUCGCGCCGAUCAUGCGCGCAAGCGCAAAAUUGUCAGUGCGAUCUUCAGCAUGAAGAACGUACUCGAGUUCGAGCCUCAUGUACGAGAGUACGUCGGCCUACUGAUCAAGCAAUGGGACCGCUUGUGCGCGGAGGCCGUCAAGGGUGGUUCGGGAGAUGAGGGCGAAGGUGGAUGGCGCGGUGAGAGCGGGAGGCUAUGGUUGGAUUGCUUGCCAUGGUAUAAUUACCUUGCUUUUGACAUCAUUGGCGACCUGGCCUUUGGUCAGUCGUUCGGCAUGUUGCACGCUUGCAAAGACUCUGCUCCCGUAGCGCUCUCGCAAGAUGAGGCAAUGAAAGCGUAUGGGUCCGCUUCCGGAUACAAAGUCGUCUCCAUCCCGGCUGUCCAGAUUCUGAACGACCGCGGCGAGUUCUCUGCCUCGAUAGGCGUCCUGCCGCCUGCGUGGAGACCAUUUGUCAAAAAUCUCAUCCCUUGGUACCGCAACGGCAGCAAAGCAGUCAAAAACUUGGCAGGGUUAGCUGUUGCGGCUGUUGCGAAGAGACUGGACAGGGAUACUCUCAACGGGGGCAGCGAUAGGGUAGAUUUGUUGGCGAAGUUGCAGCAAGGGAAGGAUGACGAGGGCAAGCCGAUGGGGAGGGAGGAGCUGACGGCCGAGGCAUUGACGCAGUUAAUUGCGGGGUCAGAUACAACGUCCAACUCUUCAUGCGCAAUCACCUAUCACCUCGCUGCCAACCCCAAUGUCCAGGCCAAGCUGCAUGCGGAACUAGAUGAGGCUCUCGGCACGGACGACGACCCGGUGGCGAUCUUCGAUCAAGUGAAGAGGCUCACGUAUCUGCAAGCUGUCAUAGAUGAAACGCUGCGGAUCCAUUCCACGUCCGGGAUCGGCCUUCCGCGGAUUGUACCAGCCGGAUCAGGUGGAAUGCACGUUGCCGGACACUUCUUUCCGGAGGGCACGGUCUUGAGCGUGCCAACGUACACGAUUCAUCGCGACAAGGAGGUGUGGGGCGAGGAUGUGGAGGUGUUCAGGCCAGAGCGAUUCUUGGAGGGAGAUCAGGCUGUGAUCCAGAAGACGUUCAAUCCCUUCUCGUUCGGGCCCAGGGCAUGCGUCGGGCGCAACCUCGCCAACAUGGAGCUGCUGAUCAUCAUCGCGUCCAUCCUGCGACGGUACCACUUCGUGCUGGAGCACCCGGAGAAACCCUUCGACACUCGAGAGGGGUUCCUACGGAAGCCAGUGGAGUGUAAGGUGGGUAUCAAACGGAGGAGUGCAUAG